AUGCCGAUUGUUGUUGAGGAUGAUUCCGAUAGUGGGAGUGACGGAGGUCACCAUGACCACCACGGCGCUCAGAACUACAGCAUGGAUGGGUGGGACGAUGAUGACGACUGGGGCGAGGUCCAUGAAGAGGAGGAUAUUACCAUCCGGGCGGACUUGGAGAGCGCGACUCUAGAUGAUACCGAUGACAUGGAACCGUGGGCAGUCGGCGUGCGACGGAGUGUCGAGAAGGCCAGGCGGCCAGUGAAGGGCAUCUUGAAACCGCGAAUAGAUGGCGCUGAAUACCAACAAGAAGCCCAUUUGCAGCCCAACGCAGCAUUCAGCCGAGUUCGUUCGAACUCGUACGACUCGGCGCCCUCGCACGGCAACGAGCUUGGUCCACUUGCGCGAAUCCCGUCGCCAGAUCCCGACCACAUUGAUGGAUUACAUAGGCACAACAGCCAUGGUUCUGCCAACGGACAUUCUGGCAACGGCAGCAUGCUUCCUCCGCUGUCGUUUGACGGCAAUGGGCUCAAGAUGGACUCACCGAAGGACAGCUCGGAUGCGAACAGCGUACAUUCGGCGAUACCAGAGAAGGGACUUUUCAAUCAUCCCAAUUCGUCGGCUCCUGCUUUGUCCACGAUGUUCUCGCCGCAGCCUCCCACGCUGUCGCAGCGGUCGGCCACGGCACCCUCAAAGCGUCUGGCGUUUGCGUCUAACCUCUCUGUUUAUGACACAUUCCCAGCGACUGUCUACGAUAGACGGAGUGAGCCUGCGACUUGGAGCCGUCUGACACCCGCAUUAGCGCAGCGUAUCAAAGAGGAGCUCAACUCUUAUAAGAUGGAGGAAAUGGAGGUUCACGCGGCCAGUCGUGUACACACCCAAUUCUUUGUCUAA